GGUUUUCAGAAAUUAGCGAGAAGCUUCAGGACUGUAGGAAACGAAAGAACAACACACAUGGGUUUUGAGCUGUAAAUAUGGCUGGAAACGUGAAGAUAGUGAUUGUAGGCUGCGGAAUAGCAGGGAUAGCCGCGGCGCACAGACUCCUGAAACACGGUUUUCAUAAUGUCAGGAUACUGGAAGCGACUGAAAGAAGCGGAGGACGAAUCAAAACAGGAAAACUGGGUGAUAUUGUUAUUGAGAUUGGGGCAAACUGGAUCCACGGCCCGUCCGAGGAGAACCCCGUGUUUUGUUUGGCCCGUCAGUACGGACUGCUGGAUCCAAAGGCCCUGACCCUAGAAAACCAGUCCAUAGAUGUUGGAGGACACCCCCAAGGACCUCCCAAUUUCUUCAGCAGUUCAGGUCGGAAGCUGAGCGCCGAGGACGUCUUUUCAGCUCAGGAACUGUUUUAUGAGCUGAUGACUGAAUGUUCGGAGUUUCAGGGCCAAAAAGGAGAGCCCUGUGCCAGCGUGGGAGAUUUCCUACGCAGAGAGGCGAAAGAACGAGCAGCAAAGCGAUGGAAAGAUGUCGACCCGGCCACCAAAUCUCUGCGUCUGUGUGUGAUCAGCAACAUGCUGAAGGUGGAGUGCUCCAUUAACGGGGCUCACAGCAUGGAUGAGGUGGGUCUGGGGACCUUUGGCCUAUACAAGACUCUGCCUGGACUGGACUGCACAUUCCCAGGUGGCUACGAAGGUCUAAUUAAAAACUUGAUGUCGGAGCUCCCUGAUGGUUUAGUGUCCUACAGCCGCCCUGUUCGAUGCGUCCACUGGAACGAUGCGGAAAAGGCAAAAAACCUGGUGACCGUUGAGUGCGAAGAUGGAGAAAGAAUCAUCGCAGAUCACGUUAUUGUAACUGUGCCUUUAGGAUACCUAAAGAAACACCAUUCAACCCUCUUCCACCCUCCUCUUCCUCUACACAAGCUGCACUCCAUCCAGAGGAUUGGUUUUGGGACAAACAAUAAAAUAUUUGUGGAGUUUGACUCGCUGUGGUGGGAUCCUGACUGUGAGAUCAUCCAUCUGGUGUGGGAAGAUGAGGAUGCUGUGGUGGAUCAGAUCCCAGAUCUGCAGAGGUCCUGGAUAAAGAAGUUGGUGGGCUUCACUGUGCUCAAACCCACUGAAAGGUAUGGCCAUGUUCUGUGUGGCUGGAUAGCGGGACAUGAGGCAGAGUUUAUGGAAACUCUGUCUGAACACGAGGUCAGACGUGAAAUGACACAACUGAUUCGCAGGUUUACAGGGAACCCCACCAUCACUCCACGGAGAAUCUUGCGCUCUCAGUGGUUUCACGACCCUUGGACAUGUGGAUCCUACAGCCACCUUGCAACGGGCUGCUCAGAGCAGGACCUGGACAAUAUGAUGGAGCCCCUGCCUACCAGGAGAUCAAACGCACAACCGCUGCAGGUGUUGUUUGCUGGGGAGGCGACUCAUUCCUGCUACUUCUCGACRGUCCACGGAGCUCUUCUCACGGGGUGGAGGGAAGCCGACAGACUCAUUUCUCACUAUUCCUCGCUUCAACCGUCCGAGCUGUCCAAGUCAAAGCUUUGAAAGAAACAUCUCCGUGGCACUAAAGGAUCGUCUAAUUUUGUUGUGAUACAAAACUUUAAUUUAUGUUUAAUACAAGACUAACAAWUUAUAGCGUUCCUUUAAGAAACUGACAUUGAUUCAAAUAAAUGACCUAAGCUGCAACUCAUGAACCGUGACAUUGUUGUUUUGAAUUUUGUUGCAGUAAAAUACAAGGACAUUAGAAGACACUCAUACUCUUUCAUUGUGCUUUGUACAAUGACAAUAAAGGCCUAUCUAAUCUAAUCUGAUCUAAUCUAAUCUAAUCUACUGUCAAUGCAUUUUAAGCAACUGCAUUAAGAACAAUCUUACACAUGCACUGCAGUUGUACAAGUCAAGUUGUAUUUUUUAAACACAAGUGCAAUUCUGACUAAAUUGCAUAACAUCUGAGAAAAUAAUGUAAUUUUUAAAUACUAAAAAUAUUUUAAACAGUUUGCAGAUUUCCUCUUUAGCACUCUAAAUUGUGUUCUUGAACUGACUGAAAUAUCUGUAAAUGAGUUUUACACAUUCUGUAUAAUAUUGUGUGGAUAAUUAAAUAAAACAAUCACCUGAAGUGUG